UAAAUAAGCCUCCAACUGCGAAAUGCGGCUUAGUUGAUCCGUAGACUUCGUAACGCCCCGACCAGUCGAAAGUUAGUUCAUCAAAAUUCCGUGCGAUGCGUGCUCUCCGGUUCUUUGCGGCUCUUGCCCUCCAACUCACGGCCUGUAGCAGCCAGUACAAAUAUGGGCCAGAGCAAUCCUGGGACCUCGACUCCAUUUCCGAGUUGAAGAGCAAGGAGUUCUGGUUCCACGACGCCCAGCGCACGCUCUACAAUAAGCUAUCCACUCCACCAAACCAGUAUCGUGCCAAGAAUGUCAUCUUUUUCCUGGGCGAUGGUAUGUCCGUUCCCACGGUAACCGCAGGCAGGAUCUUCGAUGGACAGCUGCGUGGAGUGGUGGGCGAACGGAAUCGUCUUGAGUUCGAGAAAUUCAACUAUGUGGGUCUGUCAAAGACCUAUUGCGUCAAUAAACAAGUGGCUGACUCCGCCUGCACCGCGUCGGCCUAUCUGUCGGGGAUCAAGGCGAACUAUCUGACCAUCGGGGUGACCGCCGAUGUGGAGUUGAACGACUGCAAGGGAUCGCGCUUGCCGCAGAAUAGGCUCUCUUCGAUUGCCGCCUGGGCGCUCAAAGGUGGCAAGUCAGCCGGAUUGGUGACCACCACUCGGGUUACCCACGCCAGUCCUGCCGGAGUUUAUGCGCACACCUCGAAUCGCGAUUUCGAGAGCGACUACGACGUGACCAAGUUGGGUCAAAAUCCGGGAAACUGUCCAGAUAUCGCCCAGCAACUGAUAGACGGAGAGGUGGGCAAGCGACUGCGAGUGGUCAUGGGCGGUGGAACCAUUAAAUUCCUGCCCAAUACCACGACCGAUGUGUUCGGAAACAAGGGCCAGCGGUUGGAUAAUAGGAACCUCAUUGAGGAAUGGCAACAAACAAAGCCAGGCAAUGCUAGGGUUGUGUUUAGUCGAACGGAUCUCCUCAACAAUGAUCCGCAGAACACUGACUUCCUGCUGGGGCUCUUCAAUGCCUCUCACUUGGCGUACCACAUGGACGACAGCAUAGACACACCCACGCUACCCGAGAUGACGGCGGCGGCCAUAAAUGUCCUUUCCAGAGAUCCAAACGGGUAUUUCCUUUUCGUGGAAGGCGGUCGAAUCGAUCACGCCCAUCAUGAGACCAAGGCCAAAAAGGCUCUGGAUGAAACCGUCCAGUUUUCGGACGCAGUGAGAAAGGCACGACAACUCACCAAUCCCUGGGACACCUUAAUCGUGGUGAGUGCGGAUCACGGACACACGGUCACGAUCAGCGGCUAUCCGGAUGUUAACAACAGCAUAGUAGGACUCAAUUCCGAGCUAAGUAAUGUGGACCAGCUGCCCUACACGGCCAUCUCAUAUGCCAACGGCCCGGCCUACGAGAGAUUCUACAAAUCGACGGACGGGGUGGUGGAGCGCGUAGAUCUCCGUAACCUGGACUUUUCCAAACCGGAUGCCAUCUAUCCUCAUGGAGUGCCCAUGACCGAGGAGACUCACGGCGGUGGCGAUGUGGCCGUCUAUGCUCACGGUCCAUGGUCUCAUCUCUUCACUGGAGUUUACGAACAAAGCACUUUGCCUCAUUUGAUGGGCUUCGCUUCUUGCUUAGGACCUGGAAUCACAUAUUGCGAUCUGCAGCCAAAAGCAAGAUACUCUCCAUAGAAAAUCGCCUAGGAAUAAAUGGAAACAGUUUAGGCUGAGAGAUUAGGAUUAGACUAUAAUAACAAUAUGUUUAGAAAUAAAAUAAAAUAAAAUAAAAAUAUAAUAACUUUAA